AUGCUUGGUCGAGCCAUGUUGUUAUCCCGCCGCCUUUUCUCUACAUGCCGUGUCCUUGCUCAUGAGAACCCCUUGGGCUUACCAGGACACAAACGAGCACCACCACCACCCACCAUACCUCGUGCACAACGUGGAUUGCCCAAAAAGAUGCCCAUUGCUGGUGUCAAGAAUGUCAUUGCCGUCGCGUCUGGCAAAGGAGGUGUUGGCAAGUCGACUACAGCUGUGAAUAUCGCGCUUGCUGCUGCUGGCAUGAAGAAGCGUGUUGGUAUCUUGGAUGCCGACAUUUUUGGUCCUUCGAUUCCGUCGUUGAUGAAUCUCCGUGGAGAACCCGAUAUCACUGAGAAAGGGGAUCGCCUUGUGCCAUUGACCAACUAUGGUGUCAAGUGCAUGUCGAUGGGAUUUCUAGUGGAUAAGGAAGCACCUGUGGUGUGGAGAGGAUUGAUGGUCAUGAAAGCAUUGCAGCAAUUGUUACACCAAGUGGAAUGGGGACAUCUUGACUUAUUGGUGAUCGAUAUGCCACCAGGCACGGGCGAUGUGCAAUUGACCAUUAGUCAACAAGUGGAAUUGGAUGGUGCUGUCAUUAUCUCAACGCCACAAGACAUUGCAUUGAUUGAUGUUGUCAAAGGUACCAACAUGUUUAAGAAGGUCAAUGUGCCAAUUCUGGGGUUGGUGCAAAACAUGUCACUCUUUGUAUGUCCCAAUUGCAAUCACGAGUCGCAUAUCUUUGGUCAUGAUGGCGCUGCAAAGAUGGCACAAAAGAUGGAUAUCCCAUUGCUCGGUGAAGUUCCUCUGCAUGCAGACAUUUGUGAGCUUUCCGAUUCUGGUAAACCCGUGGUCGUCUCCCAACCCGAUAGUCCCUUUGCUGGUCAUUACCGUGACAUUACAUCCAACAUUCUGAGCCAAUUGAAAUAG